CUCUCCCGGACUACAACGACGAAGCACGGGCAAGCACCGGUUGAGACGGACAACGGUCGUCGCAAAACCGGCGACGACCAACACAGAUACCGGGGACGACCCACACAGAUAUCGGUGGCAGCCCACGCAUAUACCGGCGACAACCCACGAAGCUGACCAGCCUUUUUAAUAGCAGCAUUUUCAUAAAGAUGAAGAUUGCAGUAGAAGGAUGUAUGCAUGGAGACCUAGACAAUGUCUAUGCUACCUUAUUACACUUACAAGAUGUGGAGAAAAUAAAGAUUGAUCUUCUGAUAUGUUGUGGUGACUUUCAGGCUGUUAGAAACAAGAAGGAUCUUGAAAGUUUAAAUGUGCCACACAAGUACAGAACCAUGAACUCUUUCUGGAAGUAUUACUCAGGAGAAAAAGUAGCACCAUUCCCUACUAUUUUCAUAGGAGGCAAUCACGAAGCUUCCAAUUACAUGUGGGAGCUAUAUUAUGGAGGUUGGGCAGCACCUCAAAUAUACUUCCUUGGAUAUGCUGGAGUAAUCAAGUUUGGUAAUAUUCGUAUUGGGGGCCUCUCUGGUAUCUAUAAAUCAAAUCACUAUGGAUUGGGACACUUUGAAAAGCUGCCCUACAAUGAGCGAGAUAUUCGAUCCAUAUAUCAUGUUCGUGAAUAUGAUGUUCAUAAGCUUAAGCAAGUUGAAGAACCAAUAGAUAUCUUCCUUUCACAUGACUGGCCCGUGGGUAUCACAGAUCAUGGAGACGUGAAGAGUCUUCUUCGUAAAAAACCUUUUUUCGAGGAAGAGAUUCGCGAAGGAACUCUGGGAAGUAAACCUGCUGCAGAAUUAUUGGAACUACUGAGGCCAUCCUAUUGGUUUUCUGCCCAUCUACAUUGCAAAUUUGCGGCUUUAGUUCAACAUGGAGAGGAUGGUCCAACCACCAAAUUUCUCUCUCUCGAUAAGUGCCUCCCUGGUCGGAAUUUUUUGCAAGUUAUUGAAAUAGAGUCAGAACCAGGGCCUCAUGAACUCCAGUAUGAUGAAGAGUGGUUAGCAAUUACGAGGAAGUUUAAUUCCAUCUUACCUCUGACAAAAAGGCGUGCAAAUUAUAGUGAUGCACGAUUUGACAUUCGAGAAUGUCGCAAUUUCGUAAGGAAUAAACUUAAACUAAGAGGAGCAAAACCUUUCAAUUUUGUGCGCACUGUUCCUUGCCACAAUGCCAGUCAGCCUUCUGCUAAUGAUGCCUUUUCUGGACACUGCCGAAAUCCCCAAACAGAAGCUUUACUACAGCUCCUUGAACUUGAAUAUCUUCUUGAUGGCACGUCAGGAUCAAGGGAGCUUUCUGGAGGCUCGACAUCUAGUUCGUUUAACUAUAGCUCUGAAGAUAUACCCAUUGAUGAUGUGAAUGAUGUAGAUGAUCCAGAUGAGGCUGGAGAUGGAGACAGUGAAAAUGAACAAACAUAGAACUCGUCUAAUAGGUUGGGUGCAUAAUUCCAUUAGGUCAGACGAAGAGGGGUGCUUCAUAAGGGAGGCUAUUAUGGUACGUGAUUAACUCGACGAUAUCUAGAUUGUAAUUGGUUAUGUUGCCGAGAAGGGAUCCUAUUUUAGUGAUUCGUUUGUACUCUUUGAGCUUUUAUCAAUGUUGAUUUAUAUUUUCAGAGAUUUUUUUUAUCAUUUUGUCUUUUAUUGAGUCUCAAUCGUGCCUAUCAUUUACGAUGAUCGGAAGGGAAGGGAAUCUGCAGGAAGGAGGGUGGCCAGAGGCACUGUGUUGGAGUUAUGUUGCAGUGGCCAAUCAUUUUAUGAAUGUUUCUGUUUUAUCAUGAACUAAAGGCAUCUAUAAUUAUAUUUACAACCAUUCAUUUUAAUGUAUAUAAUAAUUAUAGUCAUUAGACUUGUAAUCUGUGAUGAUUGAUCAAAAAGUGAUUAUGCUAUUGAGAGUGACAUCUCACCCUAGUCAAGUGUUAAUGAGAGUAAGAAUAUUGUUACAAUAUUUGAGACUAGUGUGUGUUUGAU